AUGGGGGACUCCGGGGAUGCCGUCAUGGCGCGGUGGCUCCAGUCCGCGGGGCUGCAGCACCUCGCGGCCUCCUCCGCCGGCGCCGGUGUUGGGGGCGGCGGUGGAGGCGACCCGCGUGGCGGGGCCCUCGGUGGCGCCGGUGGGGGUAGCUUGCUGCCGAGCCUGCUCAUGCAGGGAUAUGGACCACAGUCCAUUGAAGAGAAGCAAAGGCUUUAUAUGCUGCUGAGAAGCUUGAAUUUUAAUGGAGAGACUGCGCCUCCUUCAAUUUCUGAGCCCUAUACACCAACGGCUCAGAGCUUUGGUGGUGGGAAUUCCCUAGAGGGAUUUUAUUCACCUGAGCUUAGAGGUGAACUUGGAGCUGGCCUUCUGGAUCUUCAUGCUAUGGAUGACACUGAGCUACUUUCUGAGGACGUAGCUUCAGAACCAUUUGAGCCUUCACCCUUUAUACCAAAGGAAAUCGAUGAGGAUGAUGAUGACAUGAUUCCAGGAAGCCAGCAAGGCCCAGCAGAUAACUAUAAUGCAGUGGCCAGUGAAAAAGAGAGCACUUCCAGAGAAAAUAAUGUAGCAAAGAUCAAAGUUGUGGUAAGGAAGAGACCUCUGAACAGAAAGGAGGUAUCUCGUAAGGAAGAGGAUAUCAUAACUGUGCAUGAUUCAUCAUUUUUGACAGUCCAUGAACCUAAGCUGAAGGUGGACUUAACAGCUUAUGUGGAGAAGCAUGAAUUUUGUUUUGAUGCCGUCCUGGAUGAGCAUGUUUCGAAUGAUGAGGUGUACCGCGAGACUGUGGAGCCUGUUAUACCAAUAAUAUUCCAAAGAACAAAAGCAACAUGCUUUGCUUAUGGUCAAACAGGUAGUGGCAAGACAUACACGAUGCAACCUUUGCCUCUGAGAGCUGCACAAGACAUGGUUCGUCUUUUGCAUCAACCUGUAUACCGGAAUCAAAAUUUUAAGCUGUGGCUUAGCUACUUUGAGAUAUAUGGCGGGAAGCUCUUUGAUCUUCUCUCCGACAGAAGACAACUCCUGAUGAGGGAAGAUGGCAAGAAACAAGUUUGCAUUGUCGGUCUGCAGGAAUUCGAGGUUUCUGAUGUUCAGAUCGUCAAGGAGUAUAUUGAGAGAGGAAAUGCUGCACGGAGUACAGGGUCAACAGGGGCCAAUGAAGAAUCAUCAAGGUCACAUGCUAUUCUGCAGCUGGCUGUCAAGAAGCAUAUCAUAGUAACUGAUACCAGGCGACAAAGAGAUCGGGAUGCUAAUGAAUCCAAAAACACAAAGGCUGUGGGGAAAAUUUCAUUUAUUGAUCUUGCAGGAAGCGAGCGUGGGGCUGACACAACAGACAACGAUAGGCAGACAAGAAUUGAAGGAGCUGAGAUAAACAAGAGCCUGCUUGCUCUGAAGGAAUGCAUUCGGGCGCUAGAUAACGAUCAGAUACAUAUACCUUUCAGAGGAAGCAAGCUUACGGAAGUUCUUCGUGACUCAUUUGUUGGUAACUCUAGGACGGUUAUGAUCUCUUGCAUUUCUCCAAAUGCAGGUUCAUGUGAACACACAUUAAAUACCUUGAGAUAUGCUGACAGGGUUAAAAGUCUUUCGAAGGGUGGCAAUACAAGAAAAGAGCAGCCUGCUGGGCCAACUAUGCCUUCCAUCAGGGAUUCUUCAUCUGCCCCUUCAUAUCCUAUUUCCGUCGAAACUGAGGAAAUUGUGAACCAGAUUCAAGAGAAGAGACCUGUUGAAACUUCUAGGAAGGCUGCUGAAAUUUUUUCCUCAAACUCUUCUAUGGAACCUGACAGGAAUUCUGUUAGUAUGAUACCAAGUUAUUCUAAUAGAGGAAAAGAAGAAAAUGGUUCAUCUGGUUUGAAUGACAGAGAUAAGGAUAGGGUUGAUCUGAAUUCCAGUCGAACUGGCUACAACAGUAAACCACAGCCUGUUCAGAAUUCAGCAAAUGUGCAAGAAGAGGAAAAGGUUACAAAAGUUUCUCCUCCUCGGAGAAAGGCUUAUAGGGACGACAGACCUGAAAGGCAGAGUAACUACACAAAGAAGGAUAGUGGGCCUGAGACAAGUAGGACUGGGUAUAAGGUUCAGCAGGCAAAGCAGUUGCAACAGCAACAACGGCCGACAUCUGCUUCAGCUUCUCAGACUUCAUCAAGGCAAUCUGAAAAGGAAAGUUCUUGUGAUGAUGUGGAAAUAGACGCUAUUCUUGAGGAAGAGGAGGCCCUCAUAGCAGCACACAGGAAGGAAAUUGAGAACACUAUGGAGAUUGUGCGGGAAGAGAUGAACCUUUUGGCAGAAGUUGAUCAGCCAGGCAGUCUUAUUGACAACUAUGUAACACAACUGAGUUUCCUUCUGUCACGCAAGGCUGCAGGCUUGGUCAGCCUCCAAGCACGCCUGGCACGGUUUCAGCAUCGCCUCAAAGAACAGGAGAUCCUUAGCCGUAAGAAAUCUUCCAGAUAGAAUUGGUUAUUGCUCAGUGGCUUUGGCAUCUCUGCCUGGUCAGAGCACUGAUCGGAGCCUUUUCAUGAGGAGUUCUUCCCUCUUGGGCUCCUGUAAUGUUGGAUCUAAGCAAGGAGCGAAACGAAGAAAUAGCACAGUGGCUUAGGAUGAGGCGAGGCGCCUGGUUGGUGGUUUCAUUUGGGGACGUUUUGUCAGGUUUGAUGAGCAGUUUGCUAAAUGGUCCUUUUCACAGUGGGGCUGCUUGAGCUUGUGUUGUUUUUUUGGCAGAUGCAUGGCUUGCCCUCUUUUGCCAGUUUUUCCUUUGUAUGAUGAUGAGACAUGUAACUACUGUGCUUGCAGAUAUGGAUGGGUUGGUUUCCGCGGUGUGGGAGACAAAUCCUCUUCUUCUUUUUUAAUCAACAUAGAGAUACUGCUGUUGUAUUCUUUACUGAUUAUUUGCAUUGAGAAAAGAAAAGUUUGUGUAUGCCAAGGACUAGAAAAAA